GCGGCUGGAAGGGGAUGAUGUCACCUGCGGGGCCGGCCAGGCAGAGCCCCGAGCAGCGGCGGCGGCGGCGGCUGCAGCUCCCAUUGUAAGCCGCGGGAGCCGGGGAGAGGCGGCUUGGCCGAGGAUGCGGCGGCGCGGCGGCGGCUGCAGGAUUUAGUGUCUAGAGAGGAAGGUCAGGAGGGCGUCCGCGAUGGCCCCCAGGAAAAGAAGUGGGCGAGGGAUUUCGUUCAUCUUCUGCUGCUUCCGAAGCAACGACCAUCCGGAGAUCACGUACCGGCUGCGCAAUGACAGCAGCUUCGCCUUGCAGACCAUGGAGCCGGCCUUUCCCAUGCCUCCGGUGGAAGAACUGGACGUCAUGUUCAGCGAGCUCGUGGAUGAACUCGACCUUACGGAUAAGCAUAGAGAAGCGAUGUUUGCGCUUCCGGCUGAGAAGAAAUGGCAGAUCUACUGCAGCAAAAAGAAGGACCAAGAAGAAAAUAAAGGAGCUACAAGUUGGCCGGAGUUCUACAUCGAUCAGCUGAACUCCAUGGCUGCUAGAAAAUCAUUGAUCGCUUUGGAAAAAGAAGAUGAAGAAGAGAGGAACAAAACCAUAGAGAGUCUGAAGACCGCAUUGAGGACCAAACCUAUGAGGUUUGUAACCAGAUUCAUUGACCUGGAUGGCUUGACGUGCAUUCUGAACUUCCUGAGGAGCAUGGACUAUGAGACCUCGGAGUCUCGGAUACAUACCUCUCUCAUCGGAUGCAUCAAAGCGCUGAUGAACAACUCUCUUGGGAGAGCUCACGUCCUGGCCCACUCGGAGAGCAUCAACGUCAUCGCUCAGAGUCUGAGCACGGAGAACAUCAAGACGAAGGUGGCAGUGCUGGAAAUCAUGGGCGCUGUGUGCCUGGUUCCCGGCGGACACAAGAAGGUGCUGGAGGCCAUGGUGCAUUACCAAAAAUAUGCCAGCGAAAGGACUCGCUUUCAGACGUUAAUAAACGACCUGGAUAGAAGCACAGGGCGCUACCGAGAUGAAGUGAGCCUCAAGACGGCCAUUAUGUCCUUUAUCAACGCGGUCCUGAGUCAAGGCGCAGGAGUGGAAAGUCUGGACUUCAGACUUCAUCUUAGAUACGAAUUUCUCAUGCUCGGGAUUCAGCCGGUCAUCGACAAGUUAAGGGAGCACGAAAAUUCCACGUUAGAUAGGCAUUUAGACUUUUUCGAGAUGCUCCGGAAUGAAGACGAGUUAGAGUUUGCCAAAAGAUUUGAGCUGGUCCAUAUAGACACGAAAAGCGCAACCCAGAUGUUUGAGCUGACGAGGAAGAGGCUGACUCACACGGAGGCAUACCCGCACUUUAUGUCUAUUCUUCACCACUGUCUCCAAAUGCCUUAUAAGAGAAAUGGCAACACUGUGCAUUACUGGCUGCUGUUGGACCGCAUUAUACAACAAAUUGUGAUUCAGAAUGACAAGGGGCAGGACCCAGAUUCGACACCCCUGGAAAACUUCAACAUCAAAAACGUCGUCCGAAUGUUGGUUAAUGAAAAUGAAGUGAAACAAUGGAAGGAGCAAGCAGAAAAAAUGCGAAAAGAACAUCAUGAGCUCCAGCAGAAGCUGGAAAAGAAGGAGCGCGAGUGCGACGCCAAGACCCAGGAGAAAGAGGAGAUGAUGCAGACCUUGAAUAAGAUGAAGGAGAAGCUGGAGAAAGAGUUGGCGGAGCAUAAGCAGGUCAAGCAGCAAGUGGUGGACCUCACGGCACAGAUCCACGAACUCAGCAGGAGAGCAAUAUGCGCGUCAGUACCAGGGGGGCCCCCGCUACCCCCAGGUGCCCCCGGGGGCCCCUUACCGACCUCGUCUGUGGGAUCUCUUCUCCCAGUUCCUCCACCACCACCCCCACCUGGUGGGAUCCUCCCGCCACCGCCUCCUCCGCCACCGCCUCCGGGCGGUCCACCCCCUCCGCCGGGACCCCCUCCUCUAGGUGGCAUCACUCCCCCUCCGGGAGCACCUCUGGGAUCGGCACUGAAAAGGAAAAACAUCCCACAGCCCACCAACGCUCUCAAGUCCUUCAACUGGUCUAAGCUGGCAGAGAACAAGUUAGAAGGCACCGUGUGGACAGACAUAGACGAUGCAAAGGUGUUCAAGGUGCUGGACCUGGAAGAUCUCGAGAGGACGUUCUCCGCUUACCAAAGGCAGCAGGACUUCUUUGUGAGCAGUAACUCCAAGCAGAAAGAAGACACCCUCGACGACGCGCUGAGUUCCAGGCAUAAAGUCAAGGAGCUUUCGGUCAUAGAUGGCCGGAGGGCCCAGAACUGCAACAUCCUCCUCUCAAGGCUGAAGUUGUCAAAUGACGAAAUCAAGCGUGCCAUUAUGACGAUGGAUGAGCAAGAGGACCUGCCGAAAGACAUGCUGGAGCAGCUCUUAAAGUUUGUUCCCGAGAAAGCGGACAUCGACCUCUUGGAGGAACACAAGCACGAGCUGGAUCGGAUGGCCAAGGCGGACAGGUUCCUCUUCGAAAUGAGCAGGAUAAACCAUUACCAACAAAGGCUCCAGUCCUUGUAUUUUAAAAAGAAGUUUGCCGAGCGGGUUGCGGAAGUCAAACCCAAAGUGGAAGCCAUCCGUGCAGCAUCCAAGGAAGUGUUCCACAGCAAGAGCCUGAAGCAGCUCUUGGAGGUGGUGCUGGCCUUUGGCAACUACAUGAACAAAGGCCAGAGAGGGAACGCCUACGGCUUUAAAAUCUCAAGUCUGAACAAGAUCGCGGACACAAAAUCCAGCAUCGACAAGAACAUUACUCUAUUGCACUAUCUCAUCACCAUCGUAGAAAAGAAAUACCCCAAAGUUCUCAACCUACAUGAAGAACUGAAGGACGUCCCAGAGGCUGCCAAAGUCCACAUGACGGAGCUAGAAAAGGAAAUUGGCAACUUGCGGAGCGGGCUCAGAGCUGUGGAGACCGAGCUGGAAUACCAGAAGACUCAGCCGUCCCACCCGGGAGACAAAUUCAUUACCGUCGUCAGCCAGUUCAUCACCUUGGCCAGCUUCGGCUUCUCGGAUGUGGAGGAUCUCCUGGCAGAGGCCAAAGAGCUGUUCACCAAGGCCGUGAAGCAUUUUGGGGAAGAACCAGGGAGAACGCAGCCCGACGAGUUCUUUGGGAUUUUCGACCAGUUCCUUCAAGCUGUGACGGAAGCCAAACAGGAGAAUGAAAACAUGAGGAAGAGGAAGGAAGAAGAAGAGCGGCGGGCACGCAUGGAGGCACAGCUCAAAGAACAGCGUGAGAGGGAGCGCAAGGCCAGGAAGGCGAAAGAGAACAGCGAGGAAGGCGGAGAGUUCGACGACCUCGUCUCCGCCCUGCGGUCUGGCGAAGUCUUCGACAAAGACCUUUCCAAACUGAAGCGCAACCGCAAGCGAGUCACCAACCAGCUGGCGGACGGCAGCCGCGAGCGGCCCGUCACUAAGCUCAACUUCUGAACGCCUUCCAGGCCGGAAGAGAGUGAGCAUCUGAGAAGAACUCGGCCGAGCAGCUGUGUGGAAGCGGCCCACGUUUGCCUGCCUUGCCCCUCGAGCGGACCGGCUCUUCCUCCCUUCUCAUUUUGCGUGCAUGUGCUCGUGGGAGCGUGUGCGCGAAGGUGCCAUAAACACAUCCGGUGGGGUGGGCAGAGGGGCGGGAACUGUGCCCUCUGCACGCGGGAACACGCACAAAAGCCCUGCUGCCUAAGCCAGCGUUCCCUUUCCUUUCCCUCAACCAAGGAGGGUGUUUCCAAACAGUAGCUUCUCCGCUGUCCGAGCACAAACUUUGAGAAAGCGAAGGUCAGAAACCACUCCUGCGGGAAAUUGACGCUUCUCAUGGGAAAGCAGGCAAGACAAUGGGGAUUCUCUCUAUGGUGUUCUAUAACUAUGUCCCGCCCCUUAAAAUGGCCAGCACACGGGAAUCUGUUUCACACCGGGGUUAUGACGCCCGUCUCUCCUCCCUGCAGUUUUCCCAACCCAGAAUUCCCCUGUAUGAUUGUUAAAACUGCAUGGUAGGGGAGACGGGGAACUUGCAUUUCUCAUGCCGCAGUCCUGACCCGAAUCGGGGCCUCGUGCCACCAUUUAAAGGGAGGAAACAAUGGGAAAGCGCCAUACGCUGAACUCCCGGCGUCUUGUCUGGUU